AGUAAGUGCAGACAGAGACCAACCUGGUGAGUCCUGCCCCAGGACUGCCCAGAGACAGGGGAAGGAAGAAUUACAACUGAUUUAUGCAUUUCCAAAAAAGCAAUGAUCUCAGCUAUACUUGCCACGAAGUUGAGGGAGGAAGCUACCUGCCCCAUCUGCCUAAAGUUUAUGACUGAGCCGGUGAGCAUCGACUGUGGGCACAUCUACUGCCGCCUGUGCAUAGUGGGCCUUACUGAGUACCGAAGCCCUGAAACAUCAUCUCCAGGAACAUUUCCUUGUCCCCAGUGUCGGGAACCUUUUAAAAGUGAUAGUCUCCGGCCCAACAAGCCUCUAAGAAGUAUCAUUGAAACCUUUAAGGAAAUGGAUCAGAAAAUGUGUAAGGAGCAUGGAAAGCAGCUCCACCUGUUCUGUGAAGAUGAUGGUCAGCUCAUCUGCUGGCGCUGUGAGCGGUCACCACAGCACAAAGGACAUGUCACUGCUCUGGUUGAAGACGCAUGCCAAGGCUACAGGGAACAGCUCCAGAAAGCAGUCAUAAAACUAAGCACAACACGCUUAGAUGUUGUAAAGCAUAGGAAAGGCACGAUUAGGAAACUAAGUGACUGGAAGGAGAAAAUAAAGCAUGAGGAAGAGAGAAUCCAUUCUGAAUUUAGGAGUCUUCACACAUUUCUGCAUGAGGAGGAGAAGUUUUAUAUGUGUCAACUGAAGAAAGAAAAUGAGCAGCAGCUGAGCAGACUGCAGGGCAAUGUAGAGUAUCUGGAAAACAAAUUUGAGGAACUCACGAACUGCAUCCUGGAACUAGAGGAGAAAUGUCAGGGCUCAGCACAGAAUUUGCUGCAGGAUAUAAAGGACACCUUGAGGAGGAACUCAGCUAUCUAUGUGGUAACACCAAUGGACAUUUCUUUGGAGGUGCAUACUGUAUGCAAUGUCUCUGAACUCAACUUUAGUGUGAGAAAAAUGUUAAGGCGCUAUCAAGAAAAUGUGACUCUGGAUCUAGGUACUGUUCAUCUAGAUUUACCUCUGUCUAAUAAUCAGAGAACAGUGGCGCACAAAGGAAGCAAAGCAAUGUAUGAAACUCCUGGAGGAUUUCCUGUAUUUCCCUGCGUCCUGGGCCGUGAGCGCUUCACCUCAGGAAGACAUUACUUUGAAGUUGCUGUGCGAGAAGGAACUGAGUGGGGUGUCGGAGUUUGUCUGGAAAAUGUGUCAAGAGACAUUGACAUUGUACGAGAGCCUCAGUCUGGAUUCUGGACCAUCAGACUGACAAAGGACAAGAGCUGUUUAGCCCUUUCUUCUCCCCCAACCACCCUAUAUCUAAGUGACCAACCGAAAGUGGUAGGGAUUAAUCUAGACUAUGAUCUUGGCUUUGUGUCCUUCUACAAUGCCACUACUGGUUCCCUUAUCUACAAAUUCCCAAAGGUCUCCUUCUCUCGUGCUCUCAAACCUUAUUUUGAGGUUUAUCCAUUUUCUCCAUUGUCCCUGAUUUUCUCAAAUGAAUAA